AUGAUGCUAGAGUCAGUAACUGAGAGCAUGUCUCUGUCAAACAAAAUGGUUUGUGAGCCCCUGAUGUCUUUGACAGGGUUAUUUGGGACAACCAAAUAUUACUAUACUGCCUGUGAUCAUCAAAAAGAUUCUUAUUCUUUUUGGACAUCCAUCCACCCAGAAUACCGGAGUAAGCACAACAUCUGUGAAUGGUUGAAGUUUUGCUGUGAGCAGUGCAAACUAGAUGCCAACUGCAUUUCCUUUCCCCACUUUAAUAUCAAGAGCUUACAGCUGUGCAACAUGACUCAGGAAGAGCUCCUACAUGCUGCAGGCAUUUAAGGCAGAUACUAGUAUUUCAUCUCACAGAACAUCAGGAUGCACAGCAUUUCCUUUCUUACUCAAGCAGAAGAAACUAAGCCAGCCAACAAGAACUCCAAUAAAAGAAUACUGAACAAAUUCAUUGACAUGAAAGACACCAGUGAAAAUAAAAAUUUUCAUUUGUGGAAAUUUGUAAGAACUCUGCUCCUUUCUCUUGAAGAAAACAGUGGCAUCCUGGAAUGGGAAAACAGGGGACAAGGCAUUUUUGGGGUUGUUAAAUCAGAAGCUCUAGCAAAGACGUGGGGACAGAGGAAGAAAAAUGACAGAAUGAAAUAUGAAAAAUUGAGCAGUGCUCUCUGUUACAAUUAUAAAACUGACAUUUUUGAAAGAGUGGACAGAAGGCUGGUGUACAAGUUUGGAAAGAAUGCCCACGGAUGGCAGAAAACCAAGAUAAUGAACCGCCCCAUGCUUCCUUCUCAGCACAAAACAUGCCACAGCCUGAAUUAUCCAGGUGCAAUGAACAUUUGAGGGAACAUUUUCUGCUCCCUCUCUCCCCUCUGCCAGUCUGGAUAAAUUCAUUG